CUUGAGUUUCAGCUAUGGAUUUUGCUACGGAUUUGUUCUCUAGCAAAAUUUAGACUUAUAGCUAGGGAAUUACGACGGAUCUACCAUGUUUUUGAUAUGUUUUUGAUAGUUAUUUUAUUUAUUUAACGUGUGGAAUAUUAGUGAGGCUUUACCGAGGGAUCAGCUAUGGAUCUCGCAAGUAUUUAUCGAUGCACCACUAUCCCUCGCUAAUCAGUCGAAAAAUGAAGGGCCUUAGCUAGGGUUCAACGACGGAUAAAAAAUUGCGCCAGCCGUAUGCAUUUAGCGAGAGAACAUCGACGGAAACUAUAUUGUGGGUACGCGCGUUUUGUUUUUUCUAUCGCCAAUCUCUAGCUGAAAUUGGCAUAACCCAGUUCCAUCUUCACGAAAUGCAUUGAAAAUUCUGAUGACGAUGACGGCACUACUCACCCAAUUCCGGCAACCUCCGUAUUUUUAAGCUGAAAGUAUUCUUCCUUAGCUUUCGGAUUCAGGAGGCUUAUGAAAGUGCUAUGGUGGCUAAGUUUGGUGAUGAUACUAGUUGCCACCCCCUCUUGGAUAAUGAAACAUGGUGUGAUGUUUCCGGAGGAGUCAAGAAAGGAAGAAUAUAUGGAUUCGGAUCUAAUCAGUGCUCUCCCUCAAGAUAUAAUUGAAAAAAUUCUGACACUUAUGCCAAUGAGAGAUGCAUUGAGGACGAGCAUUUUGUCAAAGAAAUGGAGGUAUUGCUGGACAGGCAUCCCGAAACUUGUAUUUGAUGACAAUCUGGUUAAACAAUCAUCUAAUAUGGAGGAAGAAAUCGAAAAAUAUAAGCUUAUCAAUGCCAUCUUCCACGUUUUGUUGCUACAUAAGGGUCUGGUAUCAGAACUCUGUAUUUGUAUUACAGAUGCAGAAAUUGUUAAUGAGAUUGACCAGAUAAUACUUCAUCUUUCACGGAGCAAAAAUAUCAAGAGAUUCACUUUUGAGAUUUCUUCAAUCGAUGAAUAUUACAAGUUACCGUUUUCAUUCUUUUCAUUGCAAGGAUUAGAACACCUAUCUCUCAAAUACUGUAAAAUUGAGGUUCCAUCAAUGUUUAAUGGAUUUAGUAUGUUGAAGAGCCUGAUCUUUGAAGAUGGUAUAAUCACUGCCAAUAUGCUUCAACAACUCCUUACUAGCUGCCCAUUGCUUGAGGAAUUUACUUUGGUAAGGUCCAUAUUACUACUUAUGAAGAAGCUCUUUCAGUUGAUACCAUCUUACAAAGGUUCUGGAAAUCAUGCAAUUGUUUAUCAUGGUAGUAAUAGUAUGCCACAUAUGCUCCCCAUUUCACUAGUCCACUUGAGAAUACUUGAUCUCGGUGUGUGUUUCCUUGAGCUUUCGUUUGUUCUAUGUGUGAUCAGCAGCUCUCCAAAUUUGGAGAAGAUCAAAGUGGAGAUUUGUUGGGACCAUGAUCGGCGGUGUGUUGAACAAGCAUUCGAUAACUUGCCUGAUAUUCAAGAUUAUUUGGGCCUGAACUUGGAUCAUCUUAAAGAACUGGAGAUAACAAGUUUCCAUAACUAUGCUCCUGAGAUGGAAUUUCUGAAGCUAAUCAUGGCUAAGUCACCUCUGCUUAAGAAAGCACGAAUCGAGCUCGAUGAUUCUGUUUCUGUUGCUGAAGAAGUUAUGAUGCUUCGAGAUUUGCUACAUUUACCAUUGCCACGUGCAUCACCAGCAGGUAAGUUCAUUAUCGAACGUCUAAAAAAAUAAUUAACCUUUGAAUGUAAAUUAAGUUCAAUUUCAUUGGUUAAAAUACAACGAUUGUUACAUUUAUUGUCAACUGAACCUGUUUAGAUGUAUUUUUUCGGUUGAUUAUGACAACUGCUACUUUCUACUCUUUUUGUAUUUGUAAAUUUAGUAUCUUAAUGUAAAAUGUAGACGU